UUUACGAAAUUGCGCUUUAAUAUAAGUUAGAAGAUAAGCUUCCGUCAACGCCUCUAGCAAGAUGAGAAAGCGAAAGUUCAUAUGACUGUUUUUGAAGAAGAGAUCCAGAAUCAUGCAUUUAAUGAGAAUUCAGCUGAUAUAUUAUUUUGUACAACUUUUAACUGAACCAUGUGUAAAAGGUUUCAAUAUAAUAUGUCCAGGACAACAUCAAAGGAUUUUCAGAAGUAAAGAGUUCUGUAAAACUAUUGAAAACCCAGUUUAUUUAUGCUUAUACAAUACCUUCAGUUUACAGUAUUCUGAAAACUGCACAAAAAUGGAAUAUGCUAGUAGAAAAGGAAGAAAAAUUGUGUUAAGUCCUGCAAUCAAUGAAAUUGAUUGUAAAGAUGAUAGAUUCCAGCCUAUUCCAUUUACAACUAACAGUUUUACUGACUGUUUAUUUGGAAAGUCCAAAUGCAAUGAGGAAGGCCAAGUUCUGAUAAGUGAUGGGUCCACCAUUAUGGACAGAACCUGCAGAUGUGAUUAUAGAAAUGGAUAUGCUUAUGUCACACAGCCAAAGGACAAAUGUUUUUGUGUACCGUCACAGGAAGAUUGUAGUUGUUUCUCGAAACAUUGUAAAGAAAAUGAAAUGUUCUCAGCAGAUUAUCGCUGUGUUCUGAUGAAUAGUUCAAGAUCAAAUGUAUGUGGAGAGAUACUAGAUGGGCCACCUACAACUGAAACAACGAACAUCAAUAACAUCUUUGUGGACAAUAAAGAAUAUCCAAGGUCAUUUUCACCUUCAGCCUUAACUGGUAUUCUAAUUUUAUUGUUUAUUACCAUUGUUUUAAUUAUGAUGUUUAGGUAUUUACUACCAAAAGUCUAG